GUCGAUCUCGUUUCAGAAUAUCAGUCAUUUUAUUUCAACCGCUGGAGGAACACAAAUAAAAUUUUAUAAUUUUAGGUUUAUUAGUAUCUUUUAAGUCCGUUUUAGUUGUUUGCAAAAUUUUCAGUGAAAGUAGCUUGCGAGCAACAUGAGCAUCGUUCCGGAGGAGACCAAGGACAGCGACAUCGCCGUGGAGAAGCCCCCGCCCAGCUGGGUGGAGUGGUGCGAGCGGAACUCAAAGCCGAUCAAGCGUGUGCUCCCCCGGGAGCCUCGUGUGUUGACGCCAUGGCAGAAGCCGGGACCGAUGGCAAAGGCAGAUUGGCGCAAAUUCUACCAAUGGGCUGCCGCCAAUGCCAUGCCGAAGGAGCUGCAGCCGGUGGAGGAGCAGCCGCUACCCUGCCCCGAAAAGUAUCUGCCCUGCGCCAAGAAGUCAAAGCCGAUCGACCCGGAUGAGUUUCAGGAGCAUGUGGCCAAGUUGGCCACGCCUCUGCAGCGCAAGAUGACGCCGAAGCACCAGUACGUCUACCCCGUAAACACGUACUCACCCGUCAUCGUCUGGGGCCAGCCGCCGCACCACGACAAGGGACGUCCCUUCGACCCACCCAAAAUGCCGUGCUGCUUCCCCAAUGCCGACAUCGAAGAUAAGUUCUGGGCCGAGCUGCGCUUUCCCAUCCGCCCAGCCGCCCUCAAGGCCAAGAUCUCGCCCCGCAUCCUCAGCCUGUCGAAGCCCAAGAUCACGCCGCAGUUCCCACCGCACUGCUAUCAUCCCGAACACAUUUACGACAUCCUGCAGGUCAAGCCGCCCAAGCGGAAGAAGUUUACGCCUCAGGGAUGGCGCCUCCACCAGAUCCGGCUGCUUUAUCUCUCUCAACCGGUGACCCGCCGCGAAUAUGAAUAUUUCUAUAUGUGAUUUUACGCAGGGUCCGAGGCCAUUGGCGCAAUUGUAUUCAAUGUAUUAGUAUCUGCAUUAAAUUGAGAUGACCUCAUCAGUAUCUUAAACAAAUUAA